AUGCUGUACAAGCUUACGUCCACAGACAAAGGCCAGACUACGCUCAUUGACUGCGCCACGGGCACGGUCGCGUUCCGUAUCAGUACACCCCGUCCAGCGCGUGCGCGCGCGAGCACUCUCGAUUCGCUCAAGCGGACUAUGAGCCGUAAUUGCUCCCAAGAGACCGUUCCCCGCACAGACAGGCCCACAACCCUCGUCGAAGAUAAGGACGGUGCGAUCGUAGCAGAAAUCGACUGGGCACCGGGGAACUACGCGACGCUCAUCAGGAUUGGUGAGGAGGUCUUGCGGGGCGUCGCGGAGCUCUUUGACUGCGCAUUCUUCAAGCUGUACAACGACGAGACGCAACUUCCAAUGCGUACCGAGAAUACAUGGUGCAUAACACCUACAAGUCUCACUCUCGUGGAUGAUGACGGUGAAGUAAUCGGGAAGUUCCACGCUAAGUGUGUUGUGGUCAACGGCCAGCCCCUGCGAUCACGCAGAGGAGGAUAUGACUACUUCGAACUGGAUGGCAUUCCCCAGGAUGAAGUCCUUGAAAUCAUCCUGUGCUUGCUCUUCGUCAGGCCGCUGUACGAGCGCGUGCACCGUUCGUCCCGCAGCAAGCGCACCCGCCUUGUCGCGGGCUUGAGGCGGCGCGCGAUCCACAGCUUCGCGGGUCUGCGGAAGAGCCUCGCCACAUCUAGGUGUGAAGGAACAAAUGCACGGAUUAUUCGAAGAUGGGGUUGA